GGUCGCUAAGUAGACUGCCACGAUUACGAAACCGAGUUGUGUUUAACUGCAGACAAUUUAACGAUCUCAGUAAAACCUUAAGAACUGUCAAGGUGACGCAACAAUCGUUCAACGACAGUUUGACCUUCAGGUGCUCAGUAACCUUCAACGGUGGGAGAUACGGCUAAAGCGCUGUCAAAAAUCGUCCUGGCUGCGAAAAUUGGCGUAAAUAAAAUGACAAUACAGCUAAGCGUCGCACGUUUCCCCUCUCGAAAAUGGCCAGUAAGGCUACAUCGUUCAGUUAGUUCAGCGAGUAACAGCUCUGUCACCCCAGCAGCGAAACGUGAAAACCUUCCACCAGCUAAUGUAACUGAGAAAGUAAAACAAACGACCAAAGACGUUGGGUAUUUUACGAUAGUUCUCGGCGGCUUUGCGCUUACAGGCACCAUCUUAUAUGCAAUAAUUCAGGAACUUUUCUCAUCCAAGAGCCCUAACGGUGUUUAUGACGAUGCCUUCAAAAUUUGUAAGACUGACAGUCGAGUGCUUAAUCUUUUUGGAAGUUCUCUCAAGGCUCGUACCAGCCCCGAUAGUCGUCGUAGAAGACAAAACAUUGCCUAUGACUCAUGGUAUGAUGACAAAGGUCGACUGCAUAUGGCAAUGAAAUUUUACAUUAAAGGCAAUUUGGAAUCUGGUGUAGUUUAUCUCGAGGUUGUAGAAAAUGAAUCUAAAGAAUUCGAUUAUCGAUAUCUAAUUGUUGAAACAGAAGGUGGUUUCUCAAAGAAACAAAUUAUACUUCGUUCUUUCUCGGAAGUUGAUAAUCCUAAUUUAUAAGUGAUCAAUAAUUAAAAUGCACUAGAAAAAAAAUGCAAAUUUGAUAUCAUUUUGUGUACAUGAAUAAUUUCACAUGUAUAAUCUAUACAUAUUUAGCCAAUAUAAAAUUUUCUGUUCAUAUUUUUCUAGUGGGUAAUUAAAUCAAACCAUCUAUCGUUUGCCUUAUAUACACAUGACGCGUUGCGACGUCUUUAUGCUUAUAAGAAUGGACAACAUUCUUAGGAACUUGAAAUGAUUAUAGUCGGAGUUUAAUGCCCUCACACAAAUCAUUCAAUUUGCGUGACGCAUAUAUAUUUGGUGCCUCCCUGUACCAAUGUUUAUUUGUUAAAAUGAAUAAGUUUAAUGCUAUCCUCUUAGCGUAAUUAGUUCGUGAGCACGUGAACCUUUGAUUGAGGUACCUGGGAUAAGUGUUACGCAUCCACAGCCAUCGCCUACCUCGACACGCAAUGCUGUCUGACAGAAAAGUAGAUUAAGAAAAAGCUAGGGGUGACCAAGCUAAAGAAUAACACUAUUCCACAAAGUCAUCAAGUACUGGUCUGGAUCGCUCUAGCAGAUCCAAAUUAUCUGAUUGAUGUCCUCAGAAUAACUGAACAAUGGUUAGGAACCUUACGUGAUAGCUUAGAAUCGGUUAUAGUGGUUCAAAUCCAUCUAUUCGGUGUCUUUCCUUAAGUGUUGAUGUUUAUGCACUAUUCUAUGAAUUCAUUCCAAAUUUCCAAAGCAUAUUUUCUAAGUUUAAUCUACUUGCUGUAAUCUGAAUUUUUCGAUGUUCAUCCUGUUAAUUUCAUCUCUAUGUUGAUAUAAUGUGAAAACUUGAGCCACUGGACACUUUUCCUGGGUUAUGUGCUGAUGAUGACUAAAUUAGUGUAGUGUUUGUUAAUAUUUUGUAUUUGAACGUGGUAAUCUUGUUUGUCUACAGUGAAAAUCUGUCUUAUAGGUAGGAUACUGGUUUAUUAGGAUCCUUCCUUGAUGGACAGACCGCUUGAAAAUAAUUUUACCAAAAAUAGUAAACUUUUGGAAUCGCGAUUAAGAUCUCACUGCUGACUCCAUUAUCAUAAAUAAUCAGUAUCCUCACUUAAAUUUCUUAUUUCAUAGACAGGAACGAUUUAAAAUGGGUUGCACUGAAAUCAUAACACUAUCUCCUUACGGGUUAAGAUUUACUAAGCCAACACUACAGAUAUGCUAUAUGUAACCGGUGUUAAGUUUUUAUCAUUAUGGACUCGGGUCAUCUUCAUAAACUAACGAGACCGGCAGCGCUAAUCUCUUUUUGUCAUGUUAUUUGAUAGAACAUCUUAUUUAUAUAUGUAGUCGACAAACGUUAAUCGCCCACGGACCUUCAGAAGUGCUUCGAAACGUUUUCUUAGUUCCCUAAAUUCUGUGUUGUUUCUAUCAAUAAACCUUAAUUGGCGUUUAUUAUGAACUGUUUGAGAUCGUUAUUUUUAGUCUUUGAGAAUUGUGCUUCAGACUAUAUCUUGUGGCUUUCAAUGUCCAAAUCCUGUGUCGAAUAAAUUAAUAGAACAACUCACUAAUAUUUUCUGUCCAUGUAAACCAGCUACUUGCUCUUAAAACGUUUUACAUGUUAAACACACUGUCUCCCAUGUAACUCUUCCAGCCAGUCUUGUCAUAUGUCAAAGCAAGCUAGUGUAAAAGAAAGGAAUAAUAAUGAAGUGAUUUGGAUUGAACUACGAAGGUAUAUUAAACUUGUCAAUUUUCAUCAUGUACUAAACCCGAAAUCCGAUUAUAUUAGAGAUAACAAUGAAGUGAAAAUUUAGGAAUAUUUAAACGUACCUAUCCAAUAGAUUCAAUUGUAAUUUAUCUGAUAAAAGGCACUAGUAAUGUGUAGAAAAUCGGCA